CGUAUAAAUAUAACAAGUACGACUCUUACUGCCUACUUUCUCCACAACUACUUCAACAGUGUCAGCCCCAUGAAUGAAUGAAUGCUGCUUGCACAACACAAAUCCCGCACACCCUUUCACCGCUCAAUUCUGGGGGUUAGUUUGCUUGCUGCUGCAUUUCCCGAUUCCGCCUCCGCGAUAUCGAACCAUAAUCACUACUGGUUCUAUCAGCAAUGAGGACGGGGGCGGCGGCGGCAUCGUCUCAUUUGGUCACAUUGCCGUCCUGGCACGACAGGAGGCUUCAUAAUAAUCUGCACCCAGCUUGUUGUGUUAAGCUGCGGACGAAAGCUCAUCAUCAGGUGGUGGCGAUGAACAGAAACGAGUCACGGUUACACGAGGCAUCGAAAUUUGGGUGCAAUUCGGCCACCAGAGGAAUUUGUCGACGUUGCAAUCGGCAGGUAGUGUUUAGUAAGGCUGGAGUGAGUUUGCAGGAAGGGUUUGGCUCGUUGCAAGAGGAUGAAGGGAGUGGUGUGGUGGAGAAAUUGGAGGCCUUUUACAGGUUCUCUCGUCCUCACACAGUCAUCGGCACCGUCAUCGGGAUAACAUCAGUGUCACUGCUUCCCUUGCAAACGAGCAGUGAGAUCUCUCCUGCGUUUGUGAUGGGUUUGAUCAAGGCAGUGGUGCCGUCUGUGUGCAUGAACAUAUACGUCGUGGGAUUGAACCAACUGUUUGAUGUGGAAAUUGACAAGGUAAACAAACCCACUCUGCCACUGGCUUCUGGUGAGUUCUCGAUGGCAACUGGGGUUACAAUUGUUGCUGCAUCUCUAAUCACACUUCCGCUUAUGAGAUGGAAGAGGCAUGCAUUUCUGGCAGCCAGUUGCAUCUUGAUCGUGAGGGCAGUCGUCGUCCAACUAGCUUUCUUCAUACACAUGCAGAAAUUCGUGCUUGGAAAACCAGUAGCCAUUACCAGGACCUUGGUGUUUGCCACUGCUUUCAUGUGCUUCUUCUCAGCUGUCAUUGCACUCUUCAAGGACAUACCUGAUCUGGAUGGAGACAGGGACUUUGGAAUCCAAUCUUUCACUGUCAAGUUGGGACAAGAAAAAGUUGCAGGCCAUAGUACACUUGCAGUGAUGUUGUGGUUGCAAGCACAAUCAGUGGAUCUCACCACCAACACUUCCAUUACUUCUUUUUACAUGUUCAUCUGGAAGCCGUCGCACAAGUCGUUCAUGAUCAAGAAGAAGCUGGCGAAGAAGAUGCGCCAGAACAGGCCCAUCCCUUACUGGAUCCGCAUGAGGACCGACAACACCAUCAGGUACAAUGCGAAGCGCAGGCACUGGCGUAGGACCAAGCUUGGGUUCUAAGGUGUUUGUUUGGGUUUUAUUUCAAUUCCCUUUUCUGUUGGAACCCUUUUCUGUUUUUUCCGAAUGAAUUAGCAGUGGUUGAGGAUAGUAUUGAACAAUCUGUACUGGGAUUAUAUUUUUGUUCUGGCGCAAAGUUUCUAUGCAGUCUGUAAGGGUUUCAUUUCGAUGAUUCUCUGUUAGUCACUUAAUUGUCUUUCUAGUUUGAUUUUGUGCAAUUGAAUCGUGUUUGGCAAAGCAUCAUAGGCUUCUGUGGAUCUUACAGUUAUCUUGCUACGUUGGUUGUGAGAACGGAUCGAUUCCUCUGUGCAAGAAUAGUCUUCCCCAAUAUUAUUUUGGAUUUGUUUCCCUACUCUGUUCCUUCUUUCAGAUGGUCAAGUUAAUCUAGGGUUUCAUCUCUUUUGGGAAAGAAAAAGAGAGAUGGUGCAACCGUGUUUGAUCUGUGACUGUAUCACUUCAUUUAUUUGACCAUUAUCCUUAUGUUUAUCGUAUUGAAGUUUAGAAC